UACAUACAGUGAACAUAAUAAAAGCAAGUUUAAAAUAACAUGUCUAAAAUAACAAUUUUACUGUGUUUGAUAACCAUUUCAAGCUUGGUACACACAAUUGACCUAGACACUAAGUAUAUAGCAUGUUUAGACCGUAUACCUAACGAUGUAGCCGAGGCAUGCCUCUACUCAAAACUGGGCCCAUCCAAAGUUGGCGAUGAUAAAGACCGACAUCGUAUUUGUUGCUCCAUAUGGUCGGUGAUUGACUGCGGCCGACAAUACGAACAGACAUAUUGUGCCCCAAAGGAGAUUGAUGAGUUUGAACGCCAGGCCGAAAACUAUAUUGCCACCGACUACGAGGUUGUGUGCUAUGUGCAC